AUGGCGAGCUGCGGGGUGGCGCCGCCGAUCGCCGUCGCGCGGCCGCCGUCCGCCAGGGGCUCGUUCGUCCGCUUCCCUCUUCCGAGGAUCCGUUGUCUCCCUCGAGGCCGCUCUGGCGGGCCCUCCCAAGCGAAUCCCCGGCUGUUCCUCUCCUUCCCUCUCCUUCGCCGGAGAGGAUGCCGGCUCUCUCCCACCUCUGCCGUCGAUUCUGAUUCCUCCGAUCUGCCUGUCCACCAGGUGACUCGGAGGAUCGCGAGGAAGAUUAAUGUGUGCGAGUUAUCGCAAUCCCUCCGAGGAUCUGAAACUUUUGGGGUUUUUGUUUGGGUGUCUGCAGAGCUCCGUCUUCCGGGAAUGGGACGCGAUGACGGCGAGGUUCGCUGGCGCUGCAAAUGUCCCGUUUCUCCUGCUGCAGCUCCCGCAGAUCAUCCUCAACUAUCGCAACCUUGUGGCUGGCAACAAGGCCGCGCUCUUCGCCGUGCCCUGGCUAGUGAGGCCGCGAUGAAAUCCCUCCCCAUCUUCGUGAAUCACUGGCUUAAACUUUUGAUACCCUUCAGCGUGGUUGGAAGAUGCCAACUCCGUGUGGUGCCGUCUGGGCAGGGGAUGCUGACGGGGCUGCUGGGGAAUCUGUCUCUGCUGUCGUACUUCGCGAAGAAGAGGGAGACGGAAGCGGUCCUUGUUCAGACUCUCGGGGUGCUGUCGACGUAUGCAGUGAUCUCGCAGCUGGCGGUUGCCGAAUCCAUGCCCCUCCCCCACUUCAUUGUGACUUCAGUCGUCAUCGGCGCGGGGCUGGUGUUGAACUUCUUGAACUACUUUGGGUGGCUCAGCGAAGGUGUCUGGAGGUUCUGGGAGGACUUCAUCACCGUCGGGGGGCUCGCCGUUCUUCCGCAGGUGGGUGAAUCUCUCAGCCAGCUGAUUAUGAUCUUAAUUUUCUGGGUGAGAUUCUUACUGUGAUGCGUCCUGGAUUUGUGCCGUCGUGUGUGCCUUGCAGGUUAUGUGGUCGACGUUUGUUCCUUUCGUCCCCAACAGCAUCCUUCCCGGUCUCUUUUCCUCCAUUGGUGCAGUCGUGGCUGUUGUUAUGGUAAGUCUUAAUACUCUGGUGGUUCUUUUCCAUUCGAUAGCCCCCCUAAACUUUAAGAUGUGACCACACUAUUGUAUGUCGCACCUGAAUGAUUUCUGAUUUGUGAAGUUGAACGUGUCUUCUGAAGAGAAAGACUACAAAGAAUCACAAAAAUCGGAGUCUGAUGGAUCGAAGAAAGAUACUAUGGAAGAAGAUGGUCUGAAUUAAAUGUCUAAAUUUUCAAAAUGGAGUGCUGUCUCGGAGGAUUUAACUAUAACAUAGCUUUUUUUUUUGAAAUUUUAAUUACACUGAAUUUUUUUCGUUCAGAAAUGAUUCAACAAGUUGCAGUGGCUAUAAUAAUUUGCAAUGAACUAAUCACCUAGAGCCAACUUACCCUCUGAGAAGGUGUUUGUGGAAUUUCUGAUCUGAAUAGAUCUAGAUCGGUGGUUAAAGGAAUAUUCAUUGCUGAAGAUCUCAUUUCGAGUGAAUUGUAAAAGGCUCCAAGAUCGGGUCAUCAUGAAUGGAGAUCCUAACAAUGUUCGUGAUGUAUGCUAAUGAAUAGUAUAUGAAACCCAUAUUUGAAGUGUAGAAGUAUUCGGGAUUUCUAAUUGGGGUCAGACAUGUAUUAGUUUGAUGGUCAGAUGGGGAUAUAUAUCUGUCAUGUAUGGUUAUGCUAUCAAUAGCAUUAUCUCAGAACAUAACUACAUAGUAAUUGACAUAUAAAUACUCGUUUUCAGAUUUCUUCCUUCAAGACUAUAGAUACAAGUGACUAUGGCUACUAGUUUAUUGUUGCUAAUUUAAACAAGUCAUUGCCUCGUAAUGCUGAAGUCAUUUACUGAAAAUUGACCGCCCAGAUUUAUGGCUGCUAAAGUUCAGUACUGACUUGCAGGCGAGGACCGGCAAACUUUCUGAAAAGGGGGCCAAAUUUGUCGGUUCAAUAUCUGGCUGGACUGCUACUCUACUGUUCAUGUGGAUGCCGGUUGCACAGAUGGUAUUAUUAUCAUCAAAUUUCAGUCUGCUGAACUUUCGCUAGCACGAUCACUUUUAAUGCUUGCCUUAUACGUGAUUAAUGUUAUUAUUAUUAUUAUCUACAGUGGACAAGUUAUUUGAAUCCCGACAACAUCCAAGGUUUGUCGGCAAUCAGCAUGUUGCUUGCCAUGAUUGGGAAUGGACUUAUGAUCCCACGUGCAUUAUUUAUUCGAGAUCUUAUGUGGUAAGCAUUUUUCAUGAUUUUUGAUUAUGGCAUAGAUCAAGUUCAGGUCGAAAUAUUUCUUUUUUUGUACCGACUGAUUGAGAUAUAUAAACCCGUGGAAGGAUAUCCUUUACAAAGCAUAAUCAGAUUAUUUAUUCGUGCAUGAUUAUCAUCUAACUUCUUGUGAUACAUCUAGUGCUGGCAUAUUGGGUGUCAAAUGAAGAAGACUACAAACUAGAGUUCAGGACUUCUGUCAGGCUCUUGAUACGUCUAAUACCUUUUCCCCUCCAACUGAACCCUCUUGAAACCUAUCCCACCACCUAGAGUGCAAGUCUAUGUCUUCAGGCUCCAAGAAGUAGGCAUUUUGGCGGAUUAUAAAGAAUACCACUCUUGUGUCCCAUAGAUAUAUGAAGGGAGGGAGGGAGAGGGGGAGGGAGAGGGGGAGAGAGAGAGAGAGAGAGAGUUUAGAAUAAAAUCGAUUUACAACAAUAGUACAAUGUCUAUGAAGAAACAAAUACAUGAUGAACCUGUCUUUUCUAAUAAGCGUGAUAAUGCAGGUUCACAGGUUCAAGUUGGGCAGCGUUUCUGCAUGGAUGGGGAAACCUGGUGUGCAUGUACUGGUAGGUCCUCUUCCAAAUGUUAUUGCCCUUGUAGACAGACACUUUAACAUUUUCUCCACAGUGAAUCUCUGCCGUGUUUCCCCUUCAGCUGCGACAGCAUCAGCAGGGAAUUCUUCUUUGCGGCAACACUAGGCUUGUUUCUAUGGCUAGGUUGGCCGCUACCCCUAUUUUCCUCUCAGUCUGCAUGCUGUGUAUUGCUUCUUUCUCUCUCUGCUGCUUCUUUUGCUUUUAUUUUUCCCUCUUCUCUCUCUCUGCAUUCUGCACUCUCACGUUUCAUGCCGUGUAUUCUCUCAAUUAUUUUCUUUGGCCUGAGACUCCCCCCCGCCCCCCCCUUCUAUCUCUCUCCCUCUCUCUUGGUGUCAGGAAUCGCUCUGUGGAGGGACACCAUCGCCUACGGACACGGUUCGCCCAUUAAAUCAUUGGAGGAAUUGGUCUCCGGGAAGUGA